UUGCCGACCAUUAAAACAACUGGGACUAACAAUUUACCGAAGUGGAGACAACGAGAAAUACGACCCAAUGUUGGAUUUAAUUGCAGAAGAAAUGUUAACAUUCGGAAAUGGGAUUACUCAAGGAUUGCAUUGAUGUGUACUGCAUUUUCCUCUGGUUUAGCCGUGGCUAGCUAACUCUCAAGCUAGCCGAAUCGGAACAAUCGGUAGCUAACCAGCCAGCUAUCCAACGUAGCUAGCUAACUACAGUAACUCUACAGACUUGAGUUAUAUGUAGUAGGACAAGGACGGUGCACGUUUCAUCGCUAAAAAUACGCAAAACGAAUGUUGUUUCUGUCAUGAGUCCAGCCGGGUGCCCCCAUGUGAACGGUUUCAAAGUGGAUAACUGGAAACAGAAUCUACGGGUUAUUUACCAAUGCUUUGUGUGGAGUGGAUCUGCCGAAACCAGGAAACGCAAGGCCAAGUCGUGUAUCUGUCACAUGUGCGGCGCCCACCUGAACCGGCUCCACUCCUGCCUCUCCUGCGUCUUCUUCGGCUGCUUCACCAAGAAACACAUUCACGAGCACGCCAAAAACAAACGACACAAUCUAGCUAUAGAUCUAUUGUACGGCGGGAUAUACUGCUUUGUGUGCCAAGACUACAUAUACGACAAAGACAUGGAACAGAUUGCCAAAGAGGAACAAAGGAAAGCGUGGAAGUUGCAAGGUGUAGGGGAGAAGUAUUCGACGUGGGAGCCCACCAAGCGAGAGCUGGAACUGCUGCGGCACAAUCCAAAGCGCCGGAAAAUAACAACAAACUGCACCAUCGGUCUUCGAGGUCUGAUCAACCUGGGAAACACGUGUUUUAUGAACUGCAUCGUCCAGGCCCUCACCCACACCCCCCUGCUGCGGGACUUCUUCCUGUCCGACAGACACAAGUGUGAGAUGCAGUCCAACUCCUGUCUGGUGUGUGAGAUGUCACAGCUCUUUCAGGAGUUCUACUCGGGCCACCGCUCGCCCCACAUUCCCUUCCGGCUGCUGCACCUGGUGUGGACUCACGCUCGCCACCUUGCGGGCUACGAGCAGCAGGAUGCCCACGAGUUCCUCAUCGCUGCCCUGGAUGUGCUGCACCGCCACUGCAAAGGAGAUGACAACGGGAAGAAGGCUAACAACCCCAAUAACUGCAACUGCAUCAUCGACCAAAUCUUCACUGGAGGCCUGCAGUCUGACGUCACAUGUCAAGUCUGCCACGGUGUUUCCACGACGAUUGACCCGUUCUGGGACAUCAGUUUGGACCUGCCGGGGUCGUCCACGCCCUUCUGGCCCCUCAGCCCCGGGGGGGACGGCAGCACACUCAACGGAGAGAGCCACCUCUCCGGGGCCACCACGCUCACAGACUGUCUUCGCAGGUUUACCCGACCAGAACACUUGGGGAGCAGCGCCAAGAUCAAAUGUAGCGGUUGCCAUAGUUACCAGGAGUCCACCAAACAGCUGACCAUGAAGAAGCUCCCCAUUGUGGCGUGUUUCCACCUCAAACGGUUUGAACACUCAGCGAAGCUGCGGAGGAAGAUCCCUACAUACGUCUCCUUCCCCUUAGAGCUGGACAUGACUCCCUUCAUGGCCUCCAGUAAAGAGAGCAGGAUGAACGGACAGUACCAGCAGUCGGUAGACGUGUUCAACAACGACAAUAAGUAUUCUCUGUUUGCGGUGGUCAACCACCAGGGCACUCUGGAGAGCGGUCACUACACCACGUUCAUCCGGCAGCACAAGGACCAGUGGUUCAAGUGCGACGACGCCGUCAUCACCAAGGCCAGCAUCAAGGACGUGCUGGACAGCGAAGGGUACCUCUUGUUCUACCAUAAACAGUUUCUGGAGUACGAAUAGCCACCUCCCUUCAGCACUGAUGUCAACAGCCACCAAGACUUGCAACAACAAGAUGGCGACAUGACGCACGCCUACCUGAAACUCUACAUCAGUGACGAUUGAAGCUGGGGGAAUGGAGGGAAAGGAAAAUGAAUCAUGCAUUCUUUCUGAGUAAAGGACACUCCAAAACCAAUCUGCACUGAAGCUACUCGGAUGUACUUGAUAAGGAGGAAGAGAGGAGAGGGGGAGGGAAGAUUGCAAGAGGGGGAGGGGGGGAGUGUGACUAUGGAGGCCUUGUUGGAAGAGAAGGCGCUUCCUUUGCUCUCGAUCUCCCUCUCUUUCUCUAUUCUUGUUUCAGACAGAUGGGCAGAUGGCGGGACAGACUGACCGUGGGCACAUCUCAUAAAAACUUCACAUUCAGUUAUUUGAUCAUUUCUGAAAUCCAUCAUUCCACCCACACAUACACCCAUCUACAAGUGACCAAGCAUUUUCAAAGGCGGAAAUAUAUUUGGUUGUCUAAUUUCUUUAUGCAUCAUUAUUGCGCUGACUGCAAAACAAGCUGACAAAUGGUAUUUACAAUAUUGCAAAGACAAAAGUGGUUACUAUAAUCGUUGUUUGUGACUUUUUAGUAAAAAAAAUACUGUAUGAUUAAUCUAACAUCUAUUUUUUAACUAUGGAAAAAGACUUGAGUUGAAGAAGCGGAGUGUUCUGUGAAAAAGCUAUCCUCUUUUGUGUUUUACUAUUCGCGAUGGCAGCGAAAAUACAUAAUUAUAUUUUUAUAAUUCAUUUUAGUUCUUGUUUAUGGUUUCCCAUCCUCCCCUCUGCCUCGAACAACCCCUGUCCUUGUUAUGUUGUGCAGUCAUGUCUUUUUCAAAAAGAGACCGUUUCACGCUUGUUCGUUUCUUGCGCUGAUGGUAUAAUUCUUGUGUUGCUGACAUGGUGGGGAAUUUGUUUCAGGUGAUGCGUUGUUGUGAAUAAGAAAAAGGCUGGCACAUUGUGUAUCCUGCCGGAGACGAUGGCUCGAUCUGACAGUGUUAAACCUUGUCCACAUGUUUCUCUAAUUCCGUGUAUGCGCGCACGCACGUGUGUUGUGCAUAUGUUUGUGUACUGAAUCAGUACUUCCCAUUCAGCAUGCUGUCUACGAUGGAUAUAAAGUCGGUGUCAGAGUUAUUUUUUUUCUUUCACAUCAUGUAUGUUAAAGUAUGUAUGUAUGCUAAAAUAAGAAACCAAGGUAUAAACUGAGUUACUUUAUCGGCCAAGGAUCAUUAUGGUCUAGUCAAGACUACAUCCCCAACACUUUAUCUGCUGCAAGAACUGGACACUGAUGGUGAGACCCAAAAUAAAAGCCUAUAUCUUUA